AUGUCCACCGACCACAGCGUUGUCCAACUUAAGGAGAUACUCCGUGCGAAGGGCCUCCCGUUGACCGGAAAUAAGGCUGAUCUAGUUCUAAGGCUACAGGAAAAUGAUCCUGACGCUCUGGGCACUGCUCACGAGGGAGAUGGCCUCAACAACAGCUGCGGUACGGACGCAGGAGCAGUGCAGCAGAGUGAAAAUCUCGACCGUGAGCUCGAACACAUGCGACGGGAGCGGGAUCUGCUUCGGUGUGAACUCGAAUUGAUGAGGAGAGAGGCUGAUUUGAGGAACCGAGCAGCAACGAGCGACGCGAGAAGUCCCAGCAUGAGCGAUUUCGGUGGCAGCAACAUAAGGAGCCUCCGAGAUCUGCUCAGCGAAUUUGACGGCACAGGUAACGAGUUUUGGAAGUGGAAGCAGCAGGUCGAGCUGCUACGAGACACUUACGGCCUGGACGACAAUGCCAUGAGAAUGCUGAUUAGCUCGAAACUGAAGGGAAAAGCUCUCAGUUGGUUUCACUCAAAACCGGAACAUAUAACUUCGAGCACAGUAGACCUCUUGAAGAAAAUGAAGCAGAUGUUCGAUCAUCGUCCAAGUAAAAUGGCCCUAAGAAGAGAUUUUGAGCGACGAGUCUGGCAGACUGGCGAAUCCUUCAGCGAGUACUACCAUAGUAAAGUGAUCUUGGCUAAUCGAGUGCCGAUUGAGGCUGCGAGACCAAGCGAGAAUCGCUUUAAAGAAGCAGCCGAUUUGAUAGAGGCAUUCGAAAGCGUUACCCUGAGAUGCCAUACGAAAUUCGAACGAAGCAAUGUCACCAAAGGCCAACAGAAGCCCAUAAAAGAAACAAAGCCAACCACGGCCGAGAGCGCAGAAACAAACCAAGGACAAAGGAAACUGAUCGGAUGUUUCAAUUGUGGAGGAACGGGACAUCGCGCGGCUGACUGCAGGAAACCACGAGUCACGGCAGAAGGAAACGUGGGCCAGCGUGCGACGGAAACGGGCAGUUCGGCAGAAGAGGCAAAUACGAGUAAACUCUCAUCCGAAAUGAAUCUAAUCCAGCCGACCAUUGGGGGCGAGCCGUACUUGGUACCCAAGAUGGCUAUCGGUUUAGUGGCGUUAACGCUGAAAAUAUUAGGUAUUUUCGAAGGGUCCGUUAGAGUGGAUGGUGUUGACGUCCACAUGAGAUUUUUUGUUGUACCGGAAACGACGAUGAACGGAACCGUUCUAUUAGGGAGAGAUUUUACUUCCAAUCCCGCGAUAAGCAUAAUAAUAAAUCAAACGUUUAAGAUCUCGCGGAAUGUGUUCGACGCCGCGGCCGAGACGGAUAGCUUUGUCGAUCAGAUCAUGCAUAUCGACUGUGGUGAGCAACUAUCGAACAGAGUCGAAUUAAAAAUUAACCCAGGUGUUUCUCACGACGCGGUUAAUAAGUUGACGCAAAUAUAUAACGACGCGUAUCUGACGAAAGUAGAGUUCGAGUCACCGAUAAGCGAACCCGAAAUAAAAAUAUGUGUAAAGCAUGAACAACCGAUUAGUUUUCGAGCACGCCGAGUGUAUGCAGAGAAAGAGAAACUGCGCGUUAUCCUUGACGACCUGAUCGAGGACGGUGUAAUCCGCGAGAGCAAUUCCCCUCAUGCAAGUCCGAUUGUGCUUGUACGGAAAAAAGACGGAAAUCUGAGACUGUGUGUCGAUUAUCGGGAACUAAAUAAGAUAACGGUAAAAGAUAAUUUUCCGACACCCAUGAUUGACGAUCAUCUGGACCAUUUAAAAAGAAAAAAGAUUUACAGUUGUUUAGAUCUUAAAAACGGAUUUCAUCACAUUAAAGUAGCUGAGUCUUCCGUCAAAUAUACUUCCUUCAUAACACCAUUAGGGCAAUACGAAUAUUUAAAAAUGCCAUUUGGGCUCACGAACGCUCCGCGAGUUUUUCAGAGAUACGUUUAUAAUGUAUUUAGAUCUUUGAUAGCAAAAAAUAAAGUUUUGAUAUAUAUGGACGAUAUCUUGGUCGCUACGGAAGAAAUGGAGGAGCAUCUCGAUAUUCUACGGGAAGUACUCGUAUUUGGUACGGCGCGACGCCACGGACUCAGAUUUCGGUUGGAUAAAUGCUCAUUCCUAUACAGCGAAAUUGUGUAUCUUAGGUAUUCUAUCAGCGAGAGCGGUAUUCAGCCAAGCGCAGCGAACAUCGAAUCUGUCGUUAAUUACCCUGUUCCACGGAAUACGAAGCAG